AUGUCCGUCAACCCUCUCCCCUCCCAACCCUCCUCGCCGCUCGGUCGGAAUCGCAGCUCCCUCCUCUCCAAGUUUCGCUCCCAGCUCGGCCAACGGAACCGCAGCAUCACCGACUACUACAUCGAACCCGACGACCCCUGGCGCUCCUACUUCCCGGGGGAUGUGAUCUCCGGCACCGUCGUCCUCACCGUCAUCCGCCCCGUGCGCAUCACACAUCUGGUUGUCAAUCUACAUGGCUUCGUCAAGGUCUUCAAGAACACCGUGCCCCCGGGCGAAACCGCCCCGGACCUGGGGUUUCUGGGCCCCGGGCGCGGGCGGCGCGGCGCAGAAUACCUGGGGAACGGGCUGUCGACACUGUUCGAGGACGAGGUGGUCCUCUGCGGGGAAGGUCGGCUCAAGGAGGGGAUCUACAAGUUCCGCUUCGAGAUGUCCUUUCCCCCGUAUGCGCUACCCAGUAGCAUCAACUUCGAACGCGGCACGAUUUCCUACAUGCUUACGUCCACCCUGACCAAACCGACGACGAUCAAUCCCACCACCACCUGCCGACGACGCGUCAACGUGUUAGAAAACAUCGAUAUCGCCCCCUUCCCUCCUCCCAAACCGCGCGUGGUCACCCUCGAACCGGUCUCUCGCCGGUCCAAGUCCAAAGCCAAGGCCAAGUCGACCGGCUCGGACGCGCCCGACUCGCUGUCGCUCGAACCCGUCGCCCAGGGCGCGAACGGCGGCGACCGGCCCCCGCUCAGCCCGGCCCCCAGCAAUGUCAGCUCGUCAAGCCGGCUCAGCAACAGCAGCCAGAGCUUCCACGUGCCCAGCGACCCGAGCUCGUCGACCAGCACAGGGAUGCGCAAUAGCGAGGUGCGGAGCAUUACGCCGUCGGUGACGGACAAGACGAUCAUGGCGAAGGCCGAGGUGCUGCGCGCGGGCGUGCUGCCGGGCGAUACGCUCCCCAUCAACGUCACGAUCAACCACUGCAAGCAGGUGCGCAGCGCGCACGGCAUCAUCGUCACGCUGUACCGGCAGGGGCGCAUCGACCUACACCCGGCGAUCCCGAUCGGCAAGUCGGGCAACGGCAAGAAGCCCGUGUACGAGGACUACUACCCACGGUCGCGAACAGGGCUGGGCGGACUGACGCUGGGCAGCAGCCGCACGAUGGGAGUGUUCCGCAAGGACCUGACGCAGACGUUCGCGCCGCUGGUGGUGGACCCGGCGAGCCUGACGGCGCUGGUCAAGACGUCGAUCCGGGUGCCGGAGGACGCGUUCCCGACGAUCACGCGCACGCCGGGCAGCAUGAUCAACUUCCGGUACUACGUGGAGGUGGUGGUGGACCUCCGGGGCAAACUGACGUCGCCGGACCGGUUCCUGCCGCGGUUCAACCUGGUGUCGUCGGGCGGCAACUUCUCGUCGAGCGGGCAGGUGCUGAACCCGGCAGACGUCAACAGCAGCGCGAUCACGGCGAACUGGGCGGGCAACAUCCUGGACACGGACCAGAUCCGGCGCGAGAAGGGGGUGGUGGCGGUGCUGUUCGAGGUGGUGAUCGGGACGCGGGACUCGCGCCGGGGGGUGAAGCCGGCGGAGCCGUCGCCGGGGGACCAUGCGUCCAAUCAUCCUGAGGGCGAGGCGUGGUCGGAGCAGAGCCCGACCCCUGCGGACGUCGACUACCCGGCGCAGGAGGACUACGGGUUUCCGCAGGAGACGUCGCACUGGCCGGAGUACGGAGGACAGGAGUAUCCGGACGCGCAACCGUACCACUCGCUGGGAGAGAUGGUGUCGACGCCGGAGGAGCCUGGAGACGAAAAGAGCCGGUUACGACGGGCGGAGCAGACGCUGCUGCCCAGCCGGCCGCCGGACGAUGCCGGGGUAGGGCCGUCGGAGGCGAUGCCGACGGCGCCGGUGCUGCCGGAGGACGACCACAUCAACGACUACCACCAUCUGCCGUCGCGGGAGAACGGGACGCCGCGGGCGGUGGUGUCAGCGGAGUCGGUGCAGACGGUGGUGCCGGGGAGCAGCACGAUGGCGGCGGACACGGGGGAGGACAAGCAGGAGCUGGAGCGCCAGCGGCUGAUGACGGAGGCCAGUGCGCCGGAGGACGAUGCGUGCCCUCCUGGCAUGUCUGUGUCGGUACCCAGCCUGUCUGCCCCUGGGAUUUCCUUACCCGGAUUGAUUGUUCCCGGACUAUCUGUGUCUGGGAUGUCAGUCCCUGGCGUCUCCGUGUCCGUGUCCGCGUCCGCGCCAUCAUCCCCCGGGCCUGCCCCGGAGUCAGACGCGCCGACCGCGCCGGUGUUCCACGACGAAGAAGGCGACCACCAGUUGGUGGGCAGUGCGGCGCGCGGGGAUGAGUCGCUGCCGCGGUAUCAGCGGUAAUAAAAGGAAGAAAUGUUGCGUCUGAUCUUAUUGCAUUGCGGGAUAGCGGGAGAUACCAUAUAUGUUGGUCAUUGGAGUCAUUUGUUUGUUUGAUAUAGCCAUAGAAGUGUAC